AUGAGCUCGACAAUUGUAAUUGAGCACCACGUACCAGUCUUGGUCGUUGGCGCUGGUCCCGCUGGGUUGCUUCUGGCACUGCAGUUGGCGAAGAAUGGUGUCCAAAGCUUGAUAGCUGAACGAAACCUAGAUUCAACGAAAUGGCCAAAAAUGGAUAUCACUAAUUGUCGAAGCAUGGAGCUGCUUAGAAGACUCGGGAUUGCCGAUGACUUGCGGGCUCAAGGCGUCCCACAACACUACUCUUUCGACGUUCUCUUCAGUACGGGCCUCUCAGAAAAUGGAGAGCUCAUUGACAAAUGGAACCUUCCUUCGCCAGACGAAUGGCGCCAGCGCAUCCAUGCUUGCAAUGAUGGUUCCAUGCCAAGGGAGCCAUACCAGCGCUGCAGUCAGGCUAUUUUCGAAGCCUGGCUGAAGCGUCGCAUAGAGUCCGAAGAGCUAGUCGAAGAUCACUUCGGCCUCAAGUUCGAAAGUUGUGCAGAAACCUCCGACGGGGUUAAAUCGGAACUCGUCAACACCGUCACUGGAGAGCGGCAUAUGGUCACCAGUCAGUAUCUGGUCGGCUGUGACGGCGCUGGCAGUAGCGUCCGUCGGCAACUUUACAUCAAGAUGAUUGGUGGUCCUGUACCUUCUGCGAUGUAUCUCAAUCACUUCAAGUCACGAGAUCUCACGGCAUUGCACAAGCAAGGCCAAUUCUGGCACAUUUUCUUCACCAGCGGCAGCGUCAUAAUAUCUCAAGACGAAGUUGAUACAUGGACAAUCCAUCUUCCCAUAUCUCUCGACACUGAUUGGAAGUCCCUUGAUCCAACAGAGUCCAUAUACCGAGGGCUGGGCGGGUCUUUGGCUCCUUAUCCCAUCAAGGUGGACGAAAUCCUCGUUUGCAGCUCGUGGCGCCCAAACAUCGCUAUUGCCGAACGUUUUGCUUCUGAAAGUUUCAGAGUGUUCUUAGCCGGCGAUGCAGCUCAUCAAAACAUUCCCACUGGUGGAUACGGCAUGAACACGGCUGUUGGCGACGUCUUUGAUUUAGGAUGGAAACUAUCGGCUGUUCUUAAUGGCUGGGGAGGGCAAGAAUUGCUCCGCUCCUACGAAGUCGAACGAAAACCGGUUGCAAUUCGCAACAUCGAACGGUCUGGUCAACAUUUUCAAGUUCACCAGACUUACGUCAAGUGGGUGGCCGACGGAGGCUCAGAUGUCCUUUUCAAUAGGGAGCGUAGACUUCUGUUUAACCGCAUAAAGGCACAUACCGAGACCCACCAAGGUGAGAACAAGGACCACGGAAUCGAAAUGGGAUAUCGGUACAACGCAUCGCCUGUCAUCCUCCAGAACGAAGCUGGAGAAGGAGGACAGGAGCCUUCAUGGGAUCCGCGAACAUUUGUGCCAUCCUCAUGGCCUGGUGGGCGUGCUCCUCAUGUCUAUCUUCGGGAUGGCAAAACCAGCAUUUUCGACCUGUUUGGAGUAGGAUUUUCAAUCAUUGACUUCACACAAGCUGGGACCUGGAGUCAAGAGUUUGAGGCAGCAGCUGGAAUGCUCAAUAUUCCGCUGACGAAGGUUUAUUUGCCCGGAGAGAUCCAGGCCAGGAAGGUGUGGGGUAGAGAUGCGGUUCUCGUCCGUCCUGAUGACCACAUAGCUUGGAGGUCACCACUCGACGGGAAGAGACCGGAUAUUAGAGCAAUCUUAGAAAUUGCAUCAGGGAGACAAUGGCAGACACCUUUGAAGAAAGACUGCGAAUCUUCUCAUGCGUUGGAGGGUAUCGAGCAGCACGGAUUUACAUCAACCUUAGGCAACGUCGCAGACAACAGAACUGACCUCCUUGCCCCGUUUCAGCGCUGA